AUGGCACCGGAUGAAAAUGGAAAGCCUACAUCCACAUAUGUGAAUUUCCCAGAAAAUCCGAUUAAAACUUUAACAGUCGAAGAAAUGUAUGAUAAAGAAAAAUAUGAUUUAUCAUCAAUGGAAGAAGGUGAUGUAUUUAAAAUGCUUGAUGCAACUCGUGAAGGUUUAACAGAUGAAGAAGUUAAUGAACGUCUUGAAAAAUUUGGUCAUAAUCGACUUGAUCAUAAAGAAAAAAGUCCUAUCCUAGAAUUUCUUCUAUUUAUGUGGAAUCCACUUUCUUGGGUUAUGGAAGCAGCAGCUCUUGUUGCUAUUGUUGUAUCAAAUGGUGGUGGUAAACCUCCAGAUUGGGAAGAUUUUGUCGGUAUUGUUCUUCUUCUUCUUGCUAAUUCAAUUAUUGGUUUUAUUGAACAACGUAAUGCUGGAAAUGCUGUUAAAGCACUUAUGGAAUCAUUAGCACCAGAAGCUAAAGUUAAACGAAAUGGUGAAUGGAAAACUAUUGAUGCAGCUGAACUUGUUCCCGGUGAUAUUAUAAGUAUUAAAUUAGGUGAUGUUAUACCAGCUGAUGGACGUUUAACUGCUGCACAUGGUGGAGUUUCAAUAGAUCAAGCAGCAUUAACUGGUGAAUCACUUCCUGUAAGUAAAUCAAAUGGUGAUGAAAUAUUUUCGGGUUCAACAUGUAAACAAGGUGAAGCAGAAGCUAUUGUUAUUGGUACUGGUCUUAAUACUUUUUUUGGUCGAGCAGCUAAAUUAGUCGGUGGUGCACAUGAUGAAAUUGGUCAUCUACAAAUGAUUCUUGCUCAAAUUGGUAAUUUUUGUAUUAUUUGUAUUGGUAUAUUUGUAGUUGCUGAAAUUCUUGUUAUGUAUGCUGGUUUUCGUUAUAAUUAUCGACGUGGUAUUAAUAAUUUAUUAGUACUUUUAAUUGGUGGUAUACCAAUAGCUAUGCCAACAGUUUUAUCUGUAACAUUAGCUAUUGGUGCUAAACAAUUAUCUGAACAUAAAGCUAUUGUUACACAUGUUACAGCUAUUGAAGAACUUGCUGCUGUAACAAUUUUAUGUUCAGAUAAAACAGGAACAUUAACAUUAAAUAAACUUGUUAUUGAUAAACCAACUGUAAAGACAUAUUCGGAUAUAGAAAUUGAUGAUAUUAUUCAUUUUGCAGCUAUUGCAUCACGUACUGAAAAUCAAGAUGCUAUUGAUACAUGUAUAACAGGAGCAUUUGGUGAUAUUAAAAAAAUACGAGAAGGUAUUGAAGAAUUAGAGUUUAAACCUUUUAAUCCUACUGAUAAACGUACUGAAAUUACAUAUAAAAUUACUAGUGAUGGAAGUGUACAUCGUAUUAGCAAAGGUAUGUCGCAUGCUAUAUUAGAUUUAUGUACACGAGAUAAAACAGAUGAACAAAUCACACAACUAAAUGCUGAUGUCGAUGAAUUUGCGCACCGAGGAUUACGUGCAUUAGCUGUUGCUAUUGAAGAGGUACCAAAUGGACAAGUUGAUGGUGAAGGAAAUGGUUUUAAAUUAAUUGGUCUUUUACCUAUUUAUGAUCCACCACGUUCCGAUACAAAAGAAACAAUUGAACGUGCUCUCGAAUUAGGUGUUAAAGUAAAAAUGAUUACUGGUGAUCAAUUAGCUAUAGCUAAAGAAACUGGACGACGUCUUGGUAUGGGUGAUAAUAUGUUUUUAUCGAAAACACUUAAAGAUGGACCACCAUCUGAUUCUGGUUAUAAAGAUGUUGAUGAUUUAGUUUUACAUGCUGAUGGUUUUGCUGGUGUUUAUCCUGAACAUAAAUAUGAAAUUGUUGAAAAAUUACAAAAUAUGGGUCUUACGAUUGCUAUGACUGGUGAUGGUGUUAAUGAUGCACCUGCACUUUCAAAAGCAAAUGUUGGUGUUGCUGUUGCUGAUGCAUCUGAUGCAGCACGUUCAGCUGCUGAUAUUGUUUUAACUGAACCUGGUCUAUCAGUUAUUAUUGAAGCUAUUCUUGGAUCAAGACAAAUUUUUCAACGUAUGAGAAAUUAUUCAAUUUAUACAUGUUCAAUAACAAUUCGUAUAUUAGUUGGAUUUUCUGUUUUGAUUUUUGCUUUUAAAUUUGAUUUUCCAUCAUUUAUGGUACUUAUACUUGCUGUACUUAAUGAUGGUACAAUAAUGACUAUUUCAAAAGAUCGUGUUAAACCAUCACCAUAUCCAAAUAGUUGGAAUUUAAAUGAAAUUUUUACAUAUGCUAUUGUUUAUGGUAUAUAUUUAGCUUUAUCAACAGUUGUAUUUUUUGCUGUUAUUGUUAAAACAACAUUUUUUCAUGAUAAAUUUGGUGUACCUAUAAUUCAAUAUCGUACAUUAACAGAUGACAAUCCAGGAUGGAAUGAUCCUAUGUUACAUUCAAUUAUUUAUUUACAAGUGUCAACAAUAAGUCAAGCAUUAAUAUUUGUAACACGUUCACGCAGUUUCUUUUUUAUGGAACGUCCAUCAAUAAUAUUAGUUUGUGCUUUUGCUCUAGCACAACUUGCUGCAACAUUUAUUGCUGUUUGGGCUAAUUGGGGUUUUACAGAUAUAAAGGGUUGUGGUUGGUCAUGGGCUGGUAUUGUUUGGGUAUGGAACAUUAUUUGGUUUUUUCCACUUGAUUUUCUUAAAUUUGCACUUCGUGCUUACUUUGAUCCAAAACAAAAACAAGCUAUUGAAGAAAUAUUAACACCUGAACCAUCGACAGAAGCACAAAUAACUCGUCGUAAAAGUACAAUUGCUGGUGGUGCACCUGGUACACCAUCACGUCGUUCUACGGUAGCUGGUGAAGGUGCACGUUCAAGACGUGAAACAUUGGCUCAAGUAACUGGAAAAUAUUAUGCACCACAUAUACAAGGUUUAUCAACAUCACAUCAUCAUCGUAAUUUUGCUCGAAUGCUGAAAAUUAAAGGUGCUGAUGCACCAGUAAUUUCAAUUGAUCGUGAUGAACUCCGACGUUUUUCACUCGUACAGGCUCAUCAUGCUUCUAAAUUGCUCAAACCACAAGAUGCGAAUGUUAAUCGUAGAAUUACUACUGCUGUGUAA